AUGGCGUCGACCAACUGCAGAGUUGUCAAUGGCGCCGAAAUCGCGAAGCCGCUGCUCGAAGAAGUCAGGGCGGGCAUCAAGGAGCUAAACCACGCUCCCCGUCUGCAUGGCUUCCUCGCUAAUGGCGAUCCUGCUGCGCGUAUGUAUGCUGAUUGGACGGCGAAGACCUGCGCGGCAAAGUGAGCUCUUCACGACCUGACCUAACCUCGCAUAGCCGGCACUGACCAGCGUCUCCAGUGGUGUCCAGUUCACACUCCGAGAAGUCGAUGCCGAGGACCUCGAAGAAGAACUGCGACAAGCCAACCGAAGCGAUGAAGUCGAUGGCAUGAUCGUCUACUAUCCGGUCUUCAGUUCUCAGCGUGACCGCACUUUGCAAUGGACUGUCAGCAUGUUCAAAGACGUCGAGGGUCUGACCCCUCAGCUCAUCAGCAACAUGUAUCAAAACAUACGAUUCCUUGAUCCUGACAACACCAUGAAAUCCAUCCUGCCGUGCACUCCGUUGGCGGUCAUCAAGAUUCUCGAGCACCUGCACAUUUACAACCAUUUCCUGGACGAAGGCAAGCGGUUGUUUGGAAAACGUAUCACGAUCAUCAACCGUAGUGAGGUCGUUGGCAGACCGCUCGCUGCUUUGCUUGCCAACGAUGGAGCGGAAGUUUACAGUGUUGAUGUCACGGGCGUGCAGCAAUUCAGCAGAGGCUCCGGACUAAAGAAGCAGAAGCACGAGGUGGCCGAUAAAGAGGGCUGGACCCUGAAGGACUGCUUGCCCAUCAGUGAGGUCGUCAUCAGUGGUGUGCCGGGUGACAAAUUCAGAGUCCCGACGGAGCUCAUUCGCGAUGGAGCUGUCUGCAUCAACUUCUCCAGUCAAAAGGUGAGAUGAGCCAAACCUCUUCAAUUGUUGCAGGUAGUUGACCCCUUUGGCAGAACUUCGCAGACGAUGUCAAGGAAAAGGCGUCCAUCUAUGUUCCUGCCAUCGGCAAGGUCACCAUCGUCAUCUUGAUGAGAAAUCUCAUUCGUCUGAUCAACAACAUGCCGCAUGCCGAGAGACAGCAAAUUUUCUGA